AUGGGGUUUUAUGAGUUUUCUUCUUUUUUUGUGUGUGUAGGGGAAAGGAGAAUGAAAGCAGAGAACAACAGCUCAAUGCUUUAUGUUCCUGAGCCCAGAACUUUUAAAGGAUGGAGAACAAACCAGAUCAACCAGAUCAACCAGACAAAUAUUCAGCUGGGCAGCACCCAAGCACCCAAUCUGUCUCCUUCCAAUUCAGUUCUGGAGUCCCUAAGUGACAGUGCCAUUGGGUACCUUAAGGGGCCACUGAGCACCCAGGUCAUUCCCAUCAUUUAUUUGAUGGUGGUUACGGUGGGGAUCCCAGCAAACGUGGCCAUUCUGUGCUUGCUCAUGACCAAAGUUCGAAAGGUUUCCUCUGCCGUCCUCUACAGCAGCCUGGCUGUCUCCGACAUCCUUCUCCUCCUCUCCCUCUCCUUCAAGGCUCACUACCAUUUCCAUGGAAACCACUGGGUACUCGGGGAGGCUGCCUGUCGGAUAGUCACGGCCUGUUUUUAUGGUAACCUCUACUGCUCAGCCCUAACGCUGGCUUGCAUCACCGUUAAGCGCUACAUGGCUGUGGUGCACCCCUUUAUGUAUAAAAGUUUCCCAAAGAUGACCUACGCUGCCUGGAUUACUGUGGCAGUGUGGGGAGUGUUCGGUGUCGCCAUUGUCCCUCAGCUCCUGGUUCAACAGAGCUUUUGGGUCCGUGAUCUGAACCGCACUACCUGCCACGAUGUGCUGCCUCUGGGUUAUGACUCACAUAGCUUCCUGCUCUACUAUAAUCUGGUUCUUACGGUCCUCUGUCUUUUGGCACCCCUGGUAGUCACAGUUGUGUGCUUCAUCCAAAUCAUCGCAGAACUCAGCCGAUCACACUUUGACUGGACAAUGUAUAUGAAAGCCGUUUCACUGAUUUUUAGCAUCUUCAUGGUGUGUUUCCUCCCUUGUGGGGUCCUGCAUUUCCUCCAUUAUGUGUUGUUAUCCGCGAGGGGAACCGAAAAUUUGUAUGUGUACUUUAACUUGGCAGUUUGCUUGUGCUGUCUCCAUGCCUGUCUGGAUCCAUUUCUUUUUUUUAUCAUGUCUAGUUCAACAAGCUCCAGACUCUACUUAAUCCCUUUCAAAGGCAAGUCUCUGAGUAUCUCUGUCUAA